AUGCCCCUCGACAUCUCGGCGGAGGUUCUACGCAGUCGUUGCGGAACCCUAUUGAUUUCUCCGCCUCUCCAAGCCUCGACCUACCAGGAACCACCUCAAUUAGCCCAUAACAAGCAUGCAUUCUCCUCCAACUCUCCAGUGAUGCAGUCGAUGAGUUUGGUCAGUCGCAAGCGUCUUCAGUCGAAUCCAACCUCUGUGCGCCCUAAAAAGGUACCUCAAGUCUCGCGGAAGAGGUCUUACCGGCCGGCAAAAUCCUUCCCUAGCGCGCAGGGGCAUCCUGCAGCCUCUAUGGCUGCGGUUUUAGCUCCAGAAACACCGUCUGUUGUUCUUCGACUGUCUGACGAAGAAACCGAUUCUGAGCUGCCGCUACCUAAUCGCCAGAAGGCGAGCUCGACCAUAGGUUCCUCCCCACCACUCAUUUUCCCCCGAAAGCACACACGACUGGCACGAACCGACCGUCAGCAUGCAGUUUUGCCAUCAAAGACUCGCAUACUAGAUGGCGCGAUGUUUGGGACCCUAGGAAAUUCGAGCCCACAGUUCAAUUUCGCCGAUUUCGUGCAUCUGACUUCCAGCCCGACACAGGCAGCCCGGGACACCCGCACGCAUGGCAAUUCUCUUCGCACCCCUACCACUACUAAGGAGACUGAAAAUAAUUGA